AUGUCCGUCAUGGCCUCACGCCCGCCCAACAUGCCCGCCGGCGCUGGAGGCUCCAAACGACCGCGCCUCUCCCUCCAGAUCAAGAGCUCGUCGUCGUCGGCGUCUGCUUCCACCACCUCGAACCGUCCCGCCUCGCGCGGCUUCUCCCUCAACCCGUCGGACCCCACGGCCUUCAACACCCUCUCCAACGCCUACGUGACGGCCAUCGAGCGCGCCUCGACGCCCGUCACCUCGCCCGUCGCCGUGCGGGAGCCCCUCACGGCCAUCAACACCUUCCAGGCCAUCUCCCUCUACUCGCCCAUCAGCGCCCGACCUGCCAGCGCGUAUCCCGCGACGCCGCUCUCUGCGCACACAUCGUCGCAGCCAAGCGUCGUGCUGCCGCUGCCGAGCGUCAUGUCGCCUACCCCGCCCUUGUCGGCCGGUGCCGUGGACAGUACCGGCGGCAGCAAGAUCUUUAGCUUCUCCCCGCGAGAUUCCGCCGCUGGUCGCCACUCGCUCGAGCAGGCCCUCCACGCUGCUGCUUCUUCUGCCGCAGCAGCGACGACACCUUCGUCGCCCAUGGCCACGCCACCCAAGCAGCGACCUGCUGUCCGCACCGGUGGCCUCUCUGGCUCGCCACCGCCAUACACACACGCCAAGGCCCUCCGCAGCAUCCUCCGCAACUCGCCUCUGCCCUCGCGACGACCUGCCUCUGCGCCGUCGCCUCGUCCUCGCUUCGCCCCCACGGUGCGCAUCCAGGUGGAAGAAGACUCUGCGCGGCGGCAGCAGCAGCAGCGCGCCGCCAAGCGCGUGUGCUACCACAGCCCCAUUGAGCAGGAAAUCACCACAAACAUGUACACAAAGUCCCACAUUGACCUCCUCGUCGAGGAGGCCACCACCACUACCUCGCCGCGCCAUCUCCCCGUCGACCUCUCGCGGGCCUUUUCCGCCAACGAGAUCCAGGACGGCGGCCAGACGCCCGGCCCGUUUGAGGACGAAAGCAGACGGCUCGGCGCGGCGAUGAGGGCAUCCCCCGGCGAUGCGGCCAGCAAGGGCGCACCAGCGGCGAGGGGGGAAAAGAAGAGGCGCUGGGUGUGGACGAUUGGGAGAGACGCCGACGAGGAGGAGGAUGCGGAUGUGGACGAGGAGCAGCUUGGCGGUGCCGUCGUGGCGGCCGCCCGGGCGGCGGCGGCGGCGGCGGGAGGGACGCAGACGGCGGCGGCGAGGGCGCCGAUGCUGAGCGUGCCGAGACCGAGGAUGAAGCUGGACACCAGAAUGACAGGCGUGGAAAUGUCAUGA